AUGUACUACCAAGAACUCAUUACCGAAGGAAGCCAAGAGAAGAAAAAAAGGAACCAUCGGAGUCCGAUUGUGUUGAGAGACGGUGAGUGGUCAUAUCGUAAGAGACACAAAAGAGACAACAAGAAUGAGGCUUUCUCCUGUCGGUUGCUCUGUCGGUCGAGCGGUGAUAGCCUCACUCAGCCAGCUAAGUGCGUAACAGACGGAUAUUGGCACGGAUAUGUCUACAUGCAAUACACGUAUGGUGACAUUAAAUGCGUGCGAAAUAGCCCUCGCUUCAAUCCAAGUCCAGAACAGCAGCUUAAACUAUCUCCGGGAAUAAGUUCAUCGUGCCUAGACAUAGACACAGACACAGACAUUGGCAAGGCGAGACCAGAUUCCUGGUCUUGUGGCUUACUGAUUAGCGCUCGGCUAAUUAGCUUCAUAGUUCCCCAGGAAAUUCUCAAGACCUUGAGACAGACAACCAAACGAUCUUCGGCAAGGGGAUCUGAAGCAGGGGGUAUCCCUGUGGACUUGUCCAAAUAUCACCUAACAAUUAUGGCCCGAAGCCCCAGUCUAUCACAGUCUAAAUUACUGUCACUGGCUCUUGCUGAACUACAGAGUACCACUGACUGUCUGAGUUCCGACUCUGUUAUCCACCUCAGUUUGGUGUACGUACCAAUUCCGAAUUCCACAAUUGUGACACUGCAAUGGGUCAACUACGGCUAUUCCUGUGCCUAUAUGCAGUUUGCACUGCUGUGCAACAACAAAAGAAGAAAAAAGACCGAGAUACCACCUCGGAUAAUGAGGCAGCCGAUGCCUAGGCCUACUAUGUAA